AUGAUUUCUGCAUUGGUUUAUAAUGGAAAGAGUGGAAACCCUUUAUUCACAAGAAAUCCAAGAGUCCGAAAGACAGAAAAGAUUCAAUCUUUGUUUCAUUUCAUGUCCAUUUCUUGCUCCCAGAAAGAUAACCCAUUCCCCAAGAACUGGAGGUUCAAGUUUAAGUCCAUUACAGGCCCAGAGGACGAGGUUUCUCCUCUUCCAAAUGAGGCCAGGGGAAAUGAAGAGAGGCAUGGUAGACUAGAGAUGAUGGUUCUGUGUGGAUUUGGGUAUUGGGUUCAAGGGUUCAAGUUUUUUCCAUGGCUUGCUUUGAACUUCCACAUGGCUCAUGGAAUGAAUAUGAAUCCUUCUACAUUGCAGUUUGUGCAGAACUCUGCUAACCUCCCUUUUAUUGCCAAGCCUCUCUAUGGAAUCUUGUCUGAUGCUCUUUAUAUUGGGGCUGCUCACAGGUUGCCUUAUAUUUCAAUAGGAGUUUUCCUCCAGGCUUUGGCUUGGGGUCAACUAGCACUAAUUUCGGCUGCAAGUAAAGCGUUUCCAUCUCUUAUGGCGUGUGUUCUUUUAAGCAACCUCGGAGCUUCCAUUACAGAAGUUGCCGAGGAUGCCUUAUUGGCAGAAUAUGGCCAGAAAAAUAGAUUGCCUGGUCUUCAAUCUUAUGCACUUAUGGCUUCUGCUGCUGGUGGGAUUUUUGCUAACUUACUAGGAGGAUUUAUCUUACAGAAAACAAAGAAACCCAAUUCUAUGUUUCUGGCAUUCGCUUCAAUACUUUCCCUCCAAUUAGUAUUGUCUUUGGCAAUAAGGGAAAAAUCGCUUGGUUUGCCUAAACCGUCAAAUUAUGCUGCUGUUAGGAAAUCAAUCCUGGAAAGUGUAAAAACACAGUAUUUUAACCUCAUGGUUUCCAUUGGAGAGAAAAGGAUCUAUUGUCCGCUUUUAUGGUUUGUGGCGUCCAUUUUGGCUGUCCCAGUUUUAUCUGGUUCGGUCUUCUCUUAUCAAACACAGUUUCUCAAUCUCAACCCGUCGAUUAUUGGGAUGUCGAAAGUGACUGGCCAGUUGAUGCUGCUUUCUAUUACUGUCCUCUAUGAUAGGAUUGGGAAAGAACUCACAAUGAGAAAACUGGGUGGCAUUAUUCAGAUUCUCUAUGCUGCUUCUCUUCUUCUUGAUUUCGUGCUGGUAAAGCAGAUCAACCUCAAACUGGGGAUUUCGAACGAGGCUUUUGUGUCAUGUUUUUCGGGUAUUGCAGAGAUUAUUGCAUCGUUUAAGCUUUUGCCAUUCUCUGUUCUUUUUGCAAGUUCAGUGCCAUCGGGCUGCGAAGGAUCUCUCAUGUCGUUCUUGGCAUCAGCUUUCUACUUGUCAUCAAUAACUAGUGGGUAUUUAGGCGUUGGGUUGGCGUCUUUCCUCGGGAUAACGCCUGGGGAUUACUCGAGACUGCCUGCCGGGAUUAUAAUCCAGUUUCUUGCUGCUUUACUGCCACUUGGAUUGAUUAACUUUUUGCCGGUUUCGCAGCCCUCAACUGAAAAGCAAAGGAAGAGGAAGUAA